UCCUCUUUUCUUUUACUUGCCAUUCUCAAAACCUUCUUGUCAAUCCUAAAGCUAUAGUAGACAUCUAGUGCUGUCGAAUCCUACCAAAACUCACAUAAAAAAGAUUCGUAUUUUUAGCCAAUUAAACCAAGAUUUUGUUUGAGCAGAUUCUUUGUGUCUAGCUUACAUGUGAAAAAGAAAAGAAAAAAAAAAUUGGAUAUGCAAAUUAUAGAGCAGCAAAAAUAUUUGUAAAGAGAGCAUGGAGGGGGAGAUAGUACAAGUCGAAGGAGGGCGAAUCCCCCGGUCCACUGGCCGGAAGGACCGGCAUAGCAAAGUAUAUACUGCUAAAGGUCCAAGAGAUCGUAGGGUUCGGCUAUCUGCUCUCACCGCUAUUCAAUUCUAUGACGUGCAGGAUCGGCUAGGAUAUGACAAGCCAAGCAAAGCUGUGGAUUGGCUAAUCAAGAGAGCAAAAAAUGCCAUUGGUAAGCUAGCUGAGUUACCUCCAUGGGACCAAAACGAUGACGUAGAACUAAAAAACAUUCCCACAAGUAUAGAACGUGAAGUUGGUUCAAGUGGGAAUAUUGCCUUAGAACCACACCUACUAUCAAUUUUUUCUUCUAGAUUCUUGGUCCAAAGGCAAUUAGCAGAAGAUCCAAGCAGUUCUUCACACGUGAUGCAAGCACCUGAACCUGAGACGUCAUCUGUUGCAGAUACCUCGAAAUCAUUCUUCCCAAUGAAUUCCGGGACAACAUUAAUGAAUUUACUAAGCCUUCCACAUCAAGAAAUUUCUAGAGAUUCAAUCCAAAAUGAAGAUCUUGGAUUAUCACUUCACACCAAUUUACAUGACCAAAACUCCAACCAUAGUUCAAAUUUAGUCAAUUUUGAAGAAAAUUAUAAUCCAAGAAUGGCAAAUUGGAUAUUACCCCAUCAACAAUUUUUGUCCCAAAGGGAACCCCUUCAGUCCAAUUUUUCACAGUUAAUUAGUCAUGCUUCGGAAUUACAGCAACCAAUGGCAAGUGCAGAACAUAAAUCUUCAAUUUACAAUAGCCAUUUCAAUGGAGAUUUUCAAUUUCCUGCUAGAUUAAUUCAAGGUGAAGAGGAUAUUAAUGGUGUGAUUUGCAUUAAGCCAUCUUCAGGUUCUUCAAGUUCUCAACAUUGAAUGGUUAAAAGAGUAAUAUUUUCAUCCCUUAGGUAAUCACUCAAAUAUCACUUUAAUCAGAAGCUUUGUCUAAGUGUCCAAAUGGACUAUAGGAGGAAACACCAGAAAGGAAGUUGUUUUUCCCUGUUAUUUAUGUCUUAAAUAAAAUAUUUGUAUUUUAGGAAAUUCAUAAUCUCUAUAGGUUUAGGAAACACAUUAUUCUAAUAUAUUUGGGAAAGAAAAACUAAUUAUCCUUAUCGGAUUGGGAAGACAUUUCUUUUAUAGGUUUGAGACUGUUUGGAAUCUAUAUAUAAAGGUUGUAGUUGGGAUUCUAUAAAUUGUAUUGUGUUUUUCUUUUCAUUUAUAGUGAAAAACUCUCUCUGCUUCUA